GGAACCUUGUGGCACUUCGCUAAAGGAGCGACAAGUCCGUGCGUAAAACUCUGAAAAGCACACAGCUGUGCAACAUCGGAGGAACAUCUGCAGUAGCACUUACCUCCUCAAGAGACGACACGAAAACAUAAUCAGUAACGGAGAGAGCGGCAGGGAAAUUGAGUGUAUGGCACCGCAGUCGUGCGUAAUGAAUCCUGCGCAAGGAUCACCGCCUUUGGCCGCUCCCGGGGAGACUUCGCCGGAGGAUAGAGCCGCUGGUGCAGUUGGAACUGACGAGCCGGACCUGUCACCUGUUAGAAGAUGUAAAAGCAAAAGUUUAGAUUUGCCUUUCAGUGUGGAAUCUCUCAUAUCAGACAGGACGCCGUGCAGAAGCCUCCAAGACGCAAAGUCUGGCUCGGGCUGCGUCUUGGAGGCAGGGGAGACAGAGUGUGCGUCACAGAGGGGAUUUUAUCGGCCCGAAGCGGAGGCGGUGGACCUCAGCGACAAAGAGACGAGCUCCUGGUUCCAGGCGCCUUGCGCAUCCCCUCCAAGACUCCCCAGCCCGAGCCCGUGCAAUCUACGAAAACACAAGAACAACAGGAAACCCAGAACACCCUUUACAACCUCUCAGCUGCUUUCUCUGGAGAGGAAGUUCCGACAGAAACAGUACCUCUCCAUCGCGGAGAGAGCGGAGUUCUCCAGCUCCCUCAGCCUCACAGAGACUCAGGUCAAAAUCUGGUUUCAGAACCGGAGGGCCAAGGCCAAGAGACUGCAGGAGGCCGAGCUGGAGAAACUAAAGCUGGCCACAAAGCCGCUGCUCCCGGCCUUCGCCUUUCCUUUCCCCUUGAGCGCACCAAUAGGCGCCCCGGCCCUGUAUGGGGCCCUGAACGGACCUCGGCCUGCCUUACCAGGACUAUUCAGUGGACCAUAUGGGAUGUACUACUUGUCUUAACUCAUACUAACUUUUAAGCUGCUUCGUUGGGAAACUACCUUAGCUUUAUCCAGCAAAAAUCUUCUUAAGACUCAAUCUGCCUGAAAUCUUAUAGUGACUUAAAUAUUUUCCGUUAAAGAGCUAAUGGGGAAAGAAUAAUGUAAUAAAACACAGGAAUAUGUUAGAACAAUCUCGCUUUAUUUUCAAACUGUUCAUUAAUUCAUCCAUCCAUCCAUUUUUUUUAAAUUUUCUGAUUUUCAGUGAACAGUUAUGUUAAAUUUACUCUGUGGUAAAUUAUUUUUGCAGUGCAUUCAGUAAAGUCCUUUUUUUCAUGACACACUGUGGCCCAGCUCAUUUUCAGAUUUCAUGUUUAGAGUUUUUCUGUCCCAGCGGUUUGCUUGAAACACUUUAGUCCACGUAAUUUUACUGUUGGGAGAGACUCCCAGAGAAGAUGAUUUUCAAAGCCUGAAGCAAUAACUUAUAAUCACCCACUGAAGGACAGUGACUUAUUGUAUUGUAAAGGCUUUGAAAAUGCACCACUUUUUAAAGGACAGUUUUGAUUUAUGGCAAAUAUAUUUAAAUAACAAAUUUGGUGAACUUCUGUAUAUAUAUUUUUUUAUUAUAGACAGCCUCUGAUUUACCUUAUUCCUGUGUGCCACAGAGCUCCAGUGUUAUCCAAAAAGAAAUCUAUGGCUGAGACAUAUAGUUGAGCUUGGUGAAUUAAUUGUUUUUUAAAAAUAUGGGCAAAACUGUUUAUUUAGAAACAGCUUCACAAGUAACAGGGAUCACUUUGACACUUUUAAGCUGCAGAGAUAUGAGAGUGAUGCUUAAUAAUCUGGAUGAUCUUUUAAUAGCGUUUCUGGACUUAAAACGGAAAUAUAGAAAAUUAAAAUGAUCCUUUAUUCACGUCCUGAGGUAAACCCCUGAUGGUCUAAAACUCUAAAAAGACCUUUUUUAUGUAUAGCAGGAGCACAUCAACCUUAGAGGCUUUAAUUAGGCAAGUAAUUCAACAAAAACAAAAGCAUACCCAUUAAAAUAUGUGGGUCAUCUGUAAGAACUCUCAAUAACUCCAAAUGCCACCACACAGACAGUGAAGUGCUUAUUGGUGCAUUAGUGAAAUCUGAAAAUACCAUUUUAGACAUUUCAUGUUUCACAGUUUGGUUCUUAAAUGCUUUACAUUAACUGGAAGGAGAACCACAAGCUCUUUAAAAGUGAAUUUACUACAAGAUUUAAGCCACUUUCCUGCUUGUUAACAAUUAUACUCAUUUCAUAAACACAAUAAACCUGCUUUACUCUAGUCGUUACCUCAAAAGGAGAAUGUUUUUGCACAGGUGUCAAAAAGGUUUUUAAGAUCAGCUUCAUUACUAGUUGUAAAUAACUCCUUGUAUACUUUUGCAAAUCCUCAAAGUGUUCAAACACAGCAGACUGACUUACAUGAGCUAUUAAUGUACAGUGUAUAUUUCAUAAGUGAAAAUGUUUUGUACAAUUAUUAAAGUUUAUUAUGCAAAUUCUGACAUUACUCCUUUUGUCCCCCUCACAAAAACUUCAAGUGGGCUCACAAU